AUGAAAAAGGAGUUUCUAAAAUUCGCAUACGACUUAGCUGAAGUCAUGAAGAUUCAUCAUCGAUUUAAUAAAGAAAAAGGCAGUGCUGUAUCUGGAUUCAAAUACACUGGAAUCCAACCAUUUGACAGACAUUUAUUUUCUGACCUAGAUUAUUUGGCUGCAGAUAUGACCAAUAUACCACUAGAACAAACAAAAACUUCAUCGAACGCACUAAACAACGAACAAGCUGUCGUGAUAUCAAACUUAAUCAUAGAAGAGCAAAUGAAAGAAUCUGAACAAUCUAUUAGUGAGUCUAUAACCACAAGUCCCAAACCGUCGACAAGUUCUGCUCCCGAUCUUGUUCAGAUAAUCCAUAACUUAUCACCGUUGCCUGACGCAGCAAAAAAACGAACAGCAGCUCGAAAAAGAAAGAGUGAACGAAGUGAAAUUUUAACUUCAUCGCCAUACCAAAAAGUGGCAGAAGAAAAAGAAAAUGAAAAGAACAUGAAAGUUAAAAAGAAGGAAAUAAUAUCUAAGUUUGAAGUAACAAUGGGAGGUAAAGGAAAGCAAACCAAAGGAAUAAAAAACCAAAGGAAAGAGCGCAGACAAGGGAAAACAAGCGACAGACGUGAAACCUAA